AUGUCUAGCUCUUCUUCCGCUAUCCCGACGCCUACCUCCUCCCUACUCCCGCCAGGGGUAGAGACUGGUGUAGAUGAAAGGGAGUCCCCCAACGACCCUCCGCAGUGGGGGAAGGAGGGAUGCGGGAGCACCGCUGCACCGGCCGUUCCCAAGCCAAAGCUCCGCCUUCACUUUGAAGAUCUAGGCAACCAGGCCUCAAAGACCUUCAUCGCAGCAGUUCAAGAUCCAUACGCAGCGAUCCAGGCUGCUAUAGGAGAGAUUGUGAAAUAUCUUUAUACCUCCCCGUCAGGUUCAGCUGCGCCCGGCAGACAAGUCCACUUCAACCCUUCUCUACCGCCAACCAGCGCUGUCUCGUUUAUCCUCCACGAUUUCCAAGGCGUCGCCUAUACCGUGGGUCUGAGCUCAGACAACAACCAAAAGGAGAUCCAUUUCUCACUCUCCUAUAUUGCCCACACUGCCAAUUUGAAAGAUACGACAGCCGAGAUCUUGGGAGUCAUCCAGCAUGAGCUCGUGCACUGUUAUCAACAUACUACUCCGCGAGGCAGAUCAGCUCCAAACCCGCCUUCUGGACUGAUUGAGGGUAUUGCAGACUUUGUCCGUCUAAAGACGGGGCUCGACGCUGCUCACUGGAAACGCCCAGCCACCGUGGCUGACCUCCCCAAGAGUUGGGAUUCAGGCUACCAAAACACCGCUUUCUUCCUUGAAUGGAUUGAAAAUAUCAAGAUCGGAACUGGCGCCGUGGGCAUGAUUAAUGACCGCCUCCUGAGGCAGGGGUAUCUCGGUACUAAUGGUGAUAUUUUCUGGAACGGCCUCUUUGGCCAAGACGUUUUGGAUCUCUGGGUCGACUACGCUGAGUAUGUCGGGGGCUUGAACCCCAGGGACCAGAACUGUGAAUAG